CGUGCUGGUCUCGUGUCAUUUGCAAUUGACACGCCUCUGUUGAUCUCAACCACAACCGUCAUCGCCAUCGCCCCAUCUGCGCCUGACUAACAACUGAUUACAAUGCCAGCCACUCGAGAGAACCAAGCGCUUUUGGAAGCAGUAUCCGAAAACCCGUCGGUGGGGACAACAGAGCCACAGACCACGAAGAAAGCUCGUCGUCCACGCCGCCAGAAGUGUCACAAACGCCUGCAUCCAUCGCAUGCAGACCUUCCGUUUGUUCCCGACGAGCGGGCUCAGUCGCGCCACCGCUUCUGGCACUUUGGGUGGCCAGUCUCAGAAGACUUUGUGAACGACAUCAUCGACAGCUACAUUCCCGACUUCCUCAACGACGAUCACCCACCCUCGGUUAGAUUCGCCCGCUUCCUGGAUAUCGCCGAAGGCAUUACCAAGUACAGUCCAUUCCGGCUCGUAUUGGUGGUACCAGACGCAUACACGCCCAUUGAGCAGUAUCAGAGCUCGUUAGCGGACAUCGGGGAGCAGGCGGCGACGUUCUGCAUGGUGGUUUCCGACGCUCGCAAGAGCUUGUUUAUGCAGCGGCCUACCAAGGAGCAGAUGAAAAAGCUCAUCUCUUUCUUCGGUGCGGAGCCAAGUUGGAAGAUGGACGCGAGAGAGAAGGAUUUGUGGCGCAGAUACGGGCAUGGUAAUUAGUACAUCUGUGUAUGCUGUUUCGACGUUGCAUGGAGGGAGAAGACAUCAAGGGUUCGGACAUGUACAGACCAAGGAAGCCUUGAGGGGUUAGAAUCUGGC